CAUGACGUCAGUUACAGUCGCCAUCGAAGUGCAUGAACAUUCAUUCGGCACAGACAGGUCGCCAGGUUAGGAGACGGAACGAUUAACAGAGCACAUAACCCGCCCCCCCCUCCCGUGAGAAGAGCUGGUACGCAAUAGCAUCAUCAUCAUCAUUCCAGCAGCCCUCUUGACGUUAGCAAUGGCCGGGAGGUCCUUCACUCCUCCAUCUGAUGACGAUAACAAUAACAAUGGCGAUCAGAUAGUACCGUCUGAUGAAGACCUAUCUGACGAAGAAUCAUCAUCGCACAAGACUGCUGUCAAGGAAGACAAAUUUGUGCCGGUGGGUAAAACGUUCUUACCAAAACCUCUGCCUUCGGAGACCAAACAGAUGGUGCCUAAAAUUAUAACGGAGGUCAAAGUAGUGGAGGAGGAUAAGAAUAAAAAUGAAACUGGAAGAGAGUCUGGUGUGAGGAAAAGGGAUAUAAGAGGAGUCCUCGUGGAACCGAAGGGCGCGGAAGAGUCCACUGACAGCCUCACACUUCUAUCUCUUCUGACACGUAGAAAUCCCUAUCCGUUCGAGGAGUGCGAAGAGGAGACGAUAGUAGCUGAAGAAGAGGAAGAAGAAGGAGAAUGGGAGGAAGUGGAUUUGUUUUCUGAAAUCGCAUGCCCCUUUCUCAAGAUAGAACACGACAGAUGCUUCUGGGGUGGUCGAAUUUUAAGACUGAAGAAUCACAUGGUACUGACACAUUUCAAUGUUCUAAGGCUGUAUUCUACUUUUACGUGCGCGGCUACUGACACCACAGCGUCGCUACUAGUUGUCGAUUCAGAGGUGUUUCUCUAUUACAAGUUCAUUACAGAAUACGGGCAUUGGUACGUAGUUGUACAGCAAGUUGGUACCACGAACAAGAAGUUUAGGUACAGAAUCAAGCUUCACUCAGAAGACGAGACAAUCCCAGACCGCAUUUACAUAUUUCGCGUGACUAGAAUUACUGUGGACUUCGAAGUCCUUUUCGACGCUGAAAAGUGUUUCGUCAGCUCAGACGCUGAAAUGGAACCUUUCGUAACGGACCUCGGAGCGGACAUGAGAGUGACAAUAAAACGAAAUCGGUCUCAUAACUAGAUGAAACUAAUACCUUGGGGCCCCCUCUGUCAGAACAUCGGAGUAUCUACUGAAUGACAAUCUUUGAAUUCAUUUUCUGAGGUAGCUACUCAGUUGUUUCGUCCCUUGCCGAUUGGAAAUGAAGGGCUACGAUGUGUUGCCACAGUGAACUAUAUCAUUACUGUCCAAAACAUAACUUCUUCCUAAUCAUUUAAUAGUUUUGUAUUUAAACGUUUUUUAAGAAUUUGUGAACUGUUUGUGUAAAAACUAACAAAUGAUUUUAAUUCAGAUAAUAACCAGGGUUUGAUGUUUAGUGUUAUUUUACGUAUCUGUUAAUGUAUUGAUAGAGGAAUCUUUUAUAUUAAAUUAUGUAACCGAUAAAUAAAUGUAUUAAAUCUGUAUGUAAACAUUCACCUGAUUGAAAUAA